AUGACCAUCUCAAUCCAACUCCGUUCGGCAAUCCGCCAUUUCUCUGUCCGUCGUCCUCCACAAGAUACUCGCACCUCGCGAUUCGUCGCCAGCUCCUGUCUGGUAUCUGCUGUCAUUCUUCCCUUUGUACCUCCAGCCCUGGAGAGCUACCGCGAAAAGGACAAGUCUUACUCAAACAAGCCACAUCCCCCAUUGUGUUUCCACGCCCGUUGA